UUGCAGGAGGAAGCGAUGGCUUCAGACAGCAUAUUUGAGUCAUUUCCUUCAUACCCACAGUGCUUCAUGAGAGAUGCCAGCACGAGCCGCCGCUUCACGCCGCCUUCCACCGCGCUGAGCCCGGGCAAGAUGAGCGAGGCGCUGCCGCUGGGCGCCCCGGACGCCGGCGCCGCCCUGAUCGGCAAGCCGAGGAGCGUCGACCGCAGCAUGGUGGAGGUGCUGGCCGACCACCCGGGCGAGCUGGUGCGCACCGACAGCCCCAACUUCCUCUGCUCCGUGCUGCCCACGCACUGGCGCUGCAACAAGACCCUGCCCAUCGCUUUCAAGGUGGUGGCGCUGGGGGAUGUUCCAGACGGCACUCUGGUCACUGUGAUGGCGGGCAAUGAUGAAAACUACUCGGCUGAACUGAGAAAUGCUACCGCGGCCAUGAAAAACCAAGUCGCGAGAUUCAAUGACCUCAGGUUUGUCGGUCGGAGCGGAAGAGGAAAGAGCUUCACUCUGACCAUCACUGUCUUCACAAACCCACCGCAAGUUGCCACUUACCAGAGAGCCAUCAAAAUCACGGUGGAUGGACCCCGAGAACCUCGAAGACAUCGUCAGAAACUAGAUGAUCAGACCAAGCCCGGGAGCUUGUCCUUUUCCGAGCGGCUCAGUGAACUGGAGCAGCUGCGGCGCACAGCUAUGAGGGUCAGCCCACACCACCCAGCCCCCACACCCAACCCUCGGGCCUCCUUGAACCACUCCACUGCCUUUAACCCUCAGCCUCAGAGUCAGAUGCAGGAUACAAGGCAGAUCCAGCCAUCCCCACCGUGGUCCUACGAUCAGUCCUACCAGUACCUGGGAUCGAUCACCUCCCCUUCUGUACACCCAGCAACACCCAUCUCGCCUGGACGGGCCAGCGGCAUGACAACCCUCUCUGCAGAGCUUUCUAGUCGACUCUCAACGGCGCCGGACCUCACGGCUUUCGGAGACCCGCGCCAGUUCCCCGCGCUGCCCUCCAUCUCAGACCCUCGCAUGCACUACCCCGGCGCCUUCACCUACUCGCCCACGCCCGUCACGUCGGGCAUCGGCAUCGGCAUGUCGGCCAUGAGCUCAGCCACGCGCUACCACACGUACCUGCCGCCGCCCUACCCGGGCUCGUCGCAGGCGCAGGGCGGCCCGUUCCAGGCCAGCUCGCCGUCCUACCACCUGUACUACGGCGCCUCGGCCGGCUCCUACCAGUUCUCCAUGGUGGGCGGCGAGCGCUCGCCACCGCGGAUCCUGCCGCCCUGCACCAACGCGUCCACCGGCUCGGCGCUGCUCAACCCCAGCCUCCCGAACCAGAGCGACGUAGUGGAGGCCGAGGGCAGUCACAGCAACUCCCCCACCAACAUGGCGCCCGCCGCGCGCCUCGAGGAGGCCGUGUGGCGGCCCUACUGAGCGCCCGCGCCGGCCGGCCUCCGUCCUCGAGGCAGCCAGGCCCGGCGUCCCGGGAGGAGCCUCCUCCAGGCCCAGCCUUCUGUUCUGAAACCCGCAUGGGCCCGGCCACCUUCGGGGGGCGCGCGCCCCCGUGACCCCCGUGAUCCCCCGGGGACCGGGGAGCUCGCUGGAGGCCGGGCCCCCAGGCCGCCUGCGCUUCUGAAGUCCGUGCAGCUCGCCAGUCGCUGUUGGCCCGUCUCCGAGUUUUCAAACCUGACACGACUUGAGGCCGUCCACGCCACCACCACGUGGACACGUUGUAAGGCAAACAGGAAGAUUCCCAGAGGGAAACUGUGAAUGCUUCUGAUUUAGCAAUGCUGUGAAUAAAAGAAAGAUUUUAUACCCUUGACUUCA